AUGGUAAGUGAACCAAGCCCAGCACCAAAUCAGGCCGACACGGUCGCAUUCUGGCUCAGCCUGUGUUCAGAGCCAGUAAAUCACAACGAGAGUGCUUGGACGGAAGUUGUGGCGAGUCAGUGUGUGGGUAUUACGCCCAUGGACCCCGUUAUUAUGACUCCGGAUGACGUAGCUGAGGCCCACGACUGGAAAAGUCCGGGGCUAGACGGGCUGCAUCACUACUGGCUGAAGGGGUUCAUGGUGUGUCACGCUGUGCUCGGCCGACAGUUUCAAGAGGCUCUCAACCAGAAGUCGCUCCCAAGCCUCUUCACUACUGGGAUCACUCAUUUGGUUCCUAAAGAUCGGGGUGCCACAGACCCGAGCAAAUACCGCCCCAUCACGUGUCUACCGAUCAUAUAG